AUGCAGACGGUCAACAACGCGAUAUACGUUGAUCAUCAGAAUUGCUUAAGCUUGCAAACAUGGGAUACGCCAUAUGAGCCAGUCGGAGGUCAAGCACUGGUCGAGGUCGAGUUCUCAGGAGUCAGUCCGGCCGAUCUGAAGCACGGUCAGCACUUUGGACUCAAUGACAAUGUUUGUGGCUACGAACUUUGUGGAAGAAUCAUCAAAACUGGACCAUCUUGUGUGUUCAGCACUGGCGAUCUUAUCUAUGGCUCCAAUGCUACCAACAGGCAGAGGCCUCGCUCCCAUGGCGCUCAUCAGGAUUUUGCUAUUGCAGAAGAAGACCAUAUGUGGCAUCUGGUCCCCCUCGGAGUGCCCCACGCUCACGCUGCCGUCCUGUCCAUUGUUGUAAGGACUGCCGCAGAUGUGCUCUUCAACUUGUUUGGACUUCCAUUACCAGACUCUGCUAGUUCUGCCACGGCACGUUUAGGGGGUAUCCUAGUCUGGGGCGGUGCCAGCUCCGUGGGUAUCGCGACGAUACAGCUGGCCAAGGCUGUUGGCUUGAGUCCAAUCUGGGCGGUUGCGUCAACAAGAAAUCACAGCACGCUUCUCGGUCUCGGAGCGGACAAGUGCUUCGAUUAUAAUGAUGCCAGUAUCGUGGAAGACAUCCAGCGGGUAGUGGACUCGGCUGAGCAACCUUUACGAUAUAUCUUUGACACCGUUGUCACCAGAGGUCCUGAUUCCUCUACGAGCAGGUGCGAAGCGAUAUCGUCGACAUCCGAGAUACAAUAUGCCAGUGCGCUACCUAUUCAAGGCAAUCAGAAGUGGAGGAUGGCUGCAGCUGCUCGGGGUUUUGACUUUCCUUCUCCUGGUGGCUUCUUGAAGGCUCAACCAGAGAAGGAUAUUCCUUUGAAAAGGGCGACAGACUGGGUGGCAUUGAACUAUGGAAAAAGAUUCGUGCUUCCAAAUAUAAGGGUGAUUCAAGAUUCCUCGGCUGCUCUCGAGGCUAUCAAAGCAUCUGCAGAAGGCAAGCUCAGCUUUGAGAAGGUAGUCAUCCAACAUCCGUUGUCGGCAUAA